AUGGCGCCAGCCGAAGGAGGGCAGCAAUGCUUCUCCGAGCUCCUGCGCUGUCAAAAGGAGCUCGCUGGCUCUCUCGAGGUCCUUCAGCGGACGUAUGGCGGCAUCAAGGGGGCCCUGGAGCAAAUGCCGGGCGUUUGGCCUGAGCUCGGCGCGGCCGGCCAGGUGGUGCCAGCUUCGCCGGCCUCGCGGCCGGAGAGUGCUCCGCCAACGCCAUCGUCCCAAGCUGCGAACAAGGUCGAGGAAAAGUACCAGCUCACAAAGGAAGGAGUGCCAACUUUGACGAAGAAUUUGAACAUGCGCAAGACUCCAUAUGCCAAGAGUCGGACGGGAACUGUAUCCUUGGGCAAGUCAGGCGUCCGCCUGCUGGACGACUGGACCGAGGCUUUCGUCAUCAGCGAACAGGAGGCGACGAACGUCUACACCAACCUCUAUGGCGAGAAGCACCAGAGCAGCAAGCAAGCGAUGUCCAGCGUCCGGAGCAGCGUGGUCCGGAAGCUGGGUAGGCAGAUCUGCCAAAGAGAGGCCAUCGUCUCGACCUGGAAUUACAUCUGGGAGGUCAUCACCCUGGUGCUUGUGGUCCUGGAUACAGCCCUGAUUCCCAUCACGCUGGCGUGGCCGGACUCGGAUGCGUUUCCGAGCCCCUCCUUCUUCUAUUUCCAGGCGGGACCCUUCUUGUGGAGCUUUGACAUCCUGAUGAACUUUGGCCCGGCUGUUCUGGAGAAGGAUGUGUCGGUCAAGCUGCAGUUGGCCAGGAGGUACGUCUGUUCCAGAUUCCCGAUUGAUUUGUCCCUGGUGAUCCUGGAUGUUGUCCUGCUGCUGCGCGUCCUGCAGGAGCACUUCCGCGUCUUCACCCUGCUGCGGCUGAUACGAAUCUUGAAGCUCAGAAGGGUGCUCACCGUGUUCGAGAACCGCCUCGUCGCUGCAGGGAACAUGAAAGCAGUGCCGUACCUGACAAUCCUCCAGUGCAUCGCGACGGUGCUUGCUGUCAAUCACGUGCUGGCGUGCGUCGUGUUCUACGUGGGCCGACUCGGACGACUCAUUGCAGAGAACAACUGGCUCGAUGAGUACGACAUGAACAACCACAGCUCCGUGUCGCAGUACAUGACCUGCUUCAAUUGGGUGAUUGCAGAGUACACGCCGGCUCCCUUCCCCAAGCAACCACACAACGAAAUGGAGCAGUUGCUCAUCAUCGUGAUCAUCCUCACCUGCUUGCCCCUCCUGGGGGCUCAGAUCGGCAAGAUCGGCGGCACGCUGAACACGAUGAAGGAGAAAGCCCGCGAACGAGACAUGGUGCGCCGAGAUCUCCAGCGCUUCCUCCAGCGCAAGAAUGCACCGACUCGAUUGACCCGGCGAAUGCUCACGUCGCUGGACGAUGUGCUGGACUCCAAGGACUCGCCCCUGAACGUCAAGGAGCCCAUCGCCCUGAAGUUCUUGCCCAGCAGCCUCCUGGACGAGCUCCGGGUUGUGAAGAUGAGCGAGAAGCUCGGUGCACACCUCCUAUUCCACAUGCUCAUGGACGAGCGCCUGGGCCUUGCCGGCCGCCUCAGCGCCGUCUUCCGGGAAGUCAACGCGGUGCAGGGGGAGAAUGUCUUCACGAAUGGGAAACCUGGGGAAGGCCUCUACAUCACACAGAGCGGCCUCUUCUUCUUGAACCAGUCGAAGGGCACCGCCAGGGAGAAGUCGACCAUCCAGGCCAUCAAGUCUGAAUCCGUCAGGCUGUCCGGGACCGGACACUCCACCGAAGGCAUGACGAUCCAGGAAGACUCCUGGCUUGCAGAGCUCUGCCUCUACACCGGUGUGAACCACACGGUGACCCUGACGACCAAGAUCUACUCCAAGGUUCUCACAGUUCCAAUCGGCGAUUACGUGAAGGCGAUCCGUUCGGCCCCUGCUGCCGUGGUUGCAGUGCACGAGUAUGCGAAGAGGCUUCUCAACAUCGUGGAGCCCAGCAAGACGGAUUGCUGGGAGCUUCUGGCGCAGGCCACGGCAGACGACUGCGUCACGCACACGCAGCUCGCCGAGCUCUUGGACCCGGGCACUGGCCGUGUGAACAACCUGAAGUCCACGGAGGAGAUUGACUUCGCAGAAUUCUUGGACGAUCUUCGGCAGGCUGCCAACAACGAGGCCCGCAUGGAUGUCAUCAAGGAAUACGUCCCUGAGCUCCGGGAGGAUGGGAUCUACAUGGCGAUCGGGUUCGAGGAAGAAGUGAAUCGUGCCAUCCUCUCUGUGCUCAGCGCUGUGUGGCUGCUGCUGGACGACUACAACAGCAUGGUGGACUGCCAGAAGAUCACGCAAAGGCUGUCGCCGAAGACGUUCCAGUUCAUCAAGGAGUUCCUGGGUAGCAACCGGAUGAAGGAAGCACAGCUUCACGCUGUUCUGAUCCUGCUCGCGCUGCGCGGCCUGAGCAAGAACGCGGACUUCGCAAAGCUUUGCCCCCCGUCGGAGCGCGGGACGCCGGAGAAGGUCCUGGCCUACGCCACCACCAACCUUGACGCCUACCUGCCCUCGAUCGCAAGCCUCCGCGGGGAUGCGUACGACAUCCUCUCGGCGACGGUGCGGAUGCUCGGCGCGUUUAACUUCGCGCAGCUGCUGCAGGGCGAGAACAACCCUCACUCCAUUUGGCAGCUCCAGGGGUCGCUUGAGGAUGAGGGCGAGGAGGUCUUCCAGACCUUCCUUUUCGUGCAGGUUUGCCUUCUUUGUGGAGUCACAGGCAACAUCACACUUCGCGGCUCGAUGUUUCUCAGCGAGCUCAAUGGACGCAGCGUGCUCAAAGGCCUCGCGUGCCUGCAGAACAUCUUGGGCGUGGAUCCGAACAAAGUCUACUGGCGCUACAUCGCCAGCCGCGCAGAAGCCCUGGAGCUGCAUGUGCAGACCCCGAGCCAUUUGGUCCUUGCCAGACUCGCGUGCCUGACACGUACGGUGGAGCCCUCGGCACUCCGAGCUCUUGCAGGUGACUGGGAUCAGCUGACGGACGCAGAGAGGGACGCACUUUCCGAGAUCUUCCUCUCUGAUGGCCACUACGACAAGGCCUUCAUCUUCCAAUACCUGCCGCUUUUCCUGACCAACGCCAUGGCGAAUCCGGGCCUUGGUUUACGUCGCGGACUUCAGUUCCUCGUGGAGCUCUAUGGGAAGCUAAUGAACCACCGCUGCCUGAAUCAGGACGGCUCCACUGUGACGGUGGACAUUUCCUCGCUGGCCACCAUGGCCAAGGACAUCGAGGACUUGAAGCUCCUCCGACAGUGCAUGGACUUCUCGCGCAUCGUGAAGCACGGGAGUGGUGUGACCGUCCUACUCACCGCCGAGAGCUACCAGAUCCUCUCAGGUCAGCUUGUGGCAGAGGAUCGCAAGGUGGACUUGCUGGAGAUGCUGACUGCUCAGCAGCGGCGCCUGGAGGAUGCGGUGAUUGGCCGGACCCGGCCGAUGACACUCUGGGACGAAAGCCCGCGAGACAUGGUCAUCUCCGACGAAUUCUGA